CCGGCCGUUAAAUGCAACGGCCAAUCAGCGCUGAGCGCGGUGCUCUCGUUGACCGGAAGGCAGGACAAACUGAAAUUUUAUAAUUAAUUUCACGAAUUUUCACUAGGUUCUCGAGACACGAAGCUGCGUGUAUGCAAACUGAACGAUUUAUUUUAGGAGAUGUCACACAACUCGCAUCUAACUGUGCGGAUAAAAUCUACGUUAAUUUUCAUUGCCCGCGCAGAUUUCCCGCCGAGUGCCGCCCGUCAAGUGCACCGACCAAUUAGAGUUAAGCGCGCGGCAUUCGAAAUGACGCUCGGUCGUUCGCGCUGUAGAUUCCCGCUACUUGAGGAAAUUCCUAAUAAACGGAAUAGUGUUACGUGAGAAUCAUCGAGAUUGAUUUACUCAUUUUCUAUUGUUCAGUUCUCCCAUUGCCAUUAUGACAAUCUUUGUGUGAGGACGCAUUUUUACUUAUAUCUGCAGCCUCGCGCGAUCAGAUUUUCGUUACGCCCAUCACGCACGGUCACGGUAUCGCCCUACGUACAUGAAAUUUUGUCUAUAGAAUUGUGACGGAUUUUUUAUUCUCAAAAAUCUUCGAUUUCACGUUAUUCCGGACGCGGGAAGAACGGUAUAUUCUUAGCAGACAUAUAGGCAGUAAACCUACCAAAACGCAUAGAGUUGAAUUUAAGGGGGGAGGGGGAGGAAGCACACGGGCAAAUUUUUGGGGGCUGCAAACUACCGGAGCAUGACAGAGCAGCAGAUGUAAAAGUAAGUUAUGAAUGUUUUUUACUGCUUUUUAAGUCAUAAAAGCUCAUCACUUCCGAAAUUCAACAGCGACAAAAUCGUGAAUCCAGCCCUGCACUUUUGGUUCGCGACGUUGCAAAUUUCCUGUCUUAUUCAAUUAGACGUAUUUAUGCUAAAUGGAACUAUGUGCAAGUGGAGAGAUGGGGUGUGCUCGUUAGUGCUCGGGCCUUAAGAAUAAAUAGGAAUUCAAAAGCACCAGUGACGUCAGCGAUGAGGACGUGGGCUCGACGACGAGCGACGGGAGUGACGACGACUAGGUCAACGUCAAAGUGGUGCCUUUUUCCUUUCGGAAAAUUAAAUACGAGCGGAAAUUUUCGAAGACUGCAAUCGAGAUUCGUGUUUUGGCAGUUUCGCCGUCACUAUGCUUUAGGACCUUGCGCAAACUUCGGAUGCACGCAGGCACUUAGGUGCUGGCCUUGCGACGCACUCCCUUUCCAAAAUAGGUAGGCAGUUCUAAACAACACGUGUCUCAACGUUAACACGUAGACGCCAGACGGUCAAGGCGCUAAGUUGUUUUGUCCGAAAGUAACGCGCUGUACGCUCUGCACCACUAACGGCGUUAAUCAUUCUAGUUUUGCCCUCGAACAUUUCAAUUCUAAUUUCGCACACAUACUCGGUUGGAAUUUUGUCUCAUCAACAGGGAAAAUACGCUACUGACGGACAGUGGUGUUCGCGCGCAGCCGUAGUCUGUUAAGAUACCUUUCUCUUCUCCAGCGACUCCUUCAGAAUAAAAUCGGAUAAUUUCGCGCAUCUUUCUCCGCAUAAUUUUUCCGUGGGCUGGCCGUUGGAGGGGGGGGGGGUUGUCCAGUGACUGGCCUCAAAGUUCAAGGGAAUUCCGAUCUUUGCGUUGGUGUGAUCUCUAACUCAUAUGUUUUAAGUCUCUCUGUGUGGGUGUGGCCUUCGGAUAUUCCUCGCCAGUGCAACGACCUUUUCUCGGUUGUCUUCAAUCUCUUUGGAUGCACGAAAUUUGAUCUGAUUUCAACGGCGGUGAUAUGCAAUCAGAAGUCGCUCUUACAAUCAAUGGAACUUCCUACAAAGUUCCCCCCUCUCUUCCAGCGGACACUUCAUUAAAUGAAUUCCUCCGCACAGUAGCACAUCUGAAAGGGACAAAAUUCAUGUGUUUGGAGGGAGGCUGCGGUGCGUGUAUCGUGACAGCAAAAAGAAAAGAUGCUGCUACUGGGAAAGACUGGAUUUUUGCUGUGAACUCUUGCCUAACACCAAUUUUUGCUUGUCAUGGAUGGUCUGUCACAACUGUUGAAGGAAUUGGUAGUAAAACUACUGGAUAUCAUGAAAUUCAGUCUCGUUUGGCCAGUUUUAAUGGAACACAGUGUGGAUACUGCUCCCCUGGAAUGGUUAUGAACAUGUACAGUCUAGUAAAAGGAAAAGAAGAUGUGCUGAUGAAAAAUGUGGAAAACUCUUUCGGUGGCAACAUUUGUCGCUGCACUGGCUACCGUCCUAUUCUUGAUGCUUUCAAGUCACUGUGCACUGAUGCACCCAAAGUUUACCGUCCGGAAGUAUGUGGCGACAUUGAGGAUUUUCCAAAGCUUUGCCCAAAAACUGAUGAAGUUUGCACAAAAAUUUGUAAUAGCAAAAAUCGUUGCCAUCCAGAAGUGUCAUUUGAAGAUGAUUUUGACCUAUUGUAUCUAGAUAACUUGUCUCUUACACUUCUGGAGGACAUCAAAUGGUACAAAGUGGACGAUAAAAAACAGAUCUUUGAGAUUUUUGACAUGAUCGAUGAUUAUCAAUCAUACCAAUUGGUCGCAGGCAAUACUGCACACGGAGCUUACCGCACAGGUGAUUUUGAUUACUACAUCGACAUCAAUAGUGUUGCCGAACUGGCUGAUUGGAUCCUUCAGGACAAUGCUCUCAUUCUUGGCGCCAACAUCACAUUGACAAAAGCAAUGAGCAUUUUUGAAAGUGUUUCACAAAAAUAUCCUAAAUUCAGUUACCUGAGAGUCUUCGCCAACCACAUUGAUUUGAUAGCAAAUGUACCUGUCAGAAAUGUUGGAACUUUGGCUGGCAACCUGAGCAUCAAGAACCAACAUCCAGAAUUUCCUUCUGAUAUCUUUUUGAUGUUUGUGACAGUUUGCGCAAUGUAUGUUGAGGAGACACCUCUCGGAACCUCUGAUACGAAAUUUGUCGAGGAGCUAUUUGCAACUGAUUUGCGGAAAAAGCUGAUUGCAUCUUUCAUCCUGCCUGCUUUAGACGAUUCAUACCUCGUGAAAACUUACAAAAUCAUGCCACGUGCUCAAAAUGCACAUGCGAUUGUCAAUGCUGGUUUCAAAAUCAAGCUUAGUAACAAGGAUACUCUGACUGUUAGUGAAGUUACGAUUAUUUUUGGCGGUAUCACACCAAAUUUUGUGCAUGCACAGCAGACACAAGACUAUUUGGUCGGAAAAAGCCUGUUGGACUCAAUGGUAUUGCAAGAGGCUCUUUAUAAAUUAGCUUUCGAGUUGAACCCAAAUGUCUCUCCACCUGAUGCUUCCCCUGUGUAUCGCAAAAGAUUGGCUCAGUCUCUUUUCUACAAGUUUGUUUUGAGUUUAAAACCAUCAUCCGUCCAAGAGAAAUACCGCAGCGGAGGCGAAAUACUGAAGCGGCCUCUCUCUUCUGGGAAGCAGACUUUCGACUCUGACCAAAAGCUUUGGCCAGUAAACAAGGCUAUGCCCAAAUUGGAAGCCUAUUCACAAUGCUCAGGAGAAGCUGAAUAUACAAAUGACGUUCUCGCACCACCAGGUGAACUAUUUGGUGCAUUUGUACUAGCACCAGUUGGACCAGGGACUCUCGAAUCCAUUGACACAAGCAUUGCCAUGAAACUCAAUGGUGUAAAAGCUUUCUAUUCUGCUAAGAACAUUCCGGGUAUUAACACAUUCAUACCCCCAGGAGAAAUAUUUUCCAUUGAGGAUGAACCGCUGUUUGCUGACAAGGAUAUAUUGUUUGCAGGCCAACCAGUGGGCAUUAUAGUCGCUACAAGCCAACACCUAGCAAAUAAAGCAGCCAAAAAGGUGAAAGUGAAUGUUUCCAAUGUAAAAAAACCAUUGCUGACAACGCAGGAAGUAUUGGACUCAGGAGACCAGUUGCGAGUUAAAUUUGUUGACACCAUAGAAAGAAAGGUGAAAAAAGGUAGCGGAAAGUAUGUGAUCAAAGGAUCAUUCGAAUGCAAGGAACAGUAUCACUUCACAAUGGAGACACAAGUCUGUCUUGCAAUCCCCACAGACGAGGGCAUCGAUGUUCACCCAUCCUCACAGUUCAUUUCAUUGGUUCAGAGAGCAAUAUCCAGGGCUCUGAAACUCCCAGAAAAUUGUAUCAAUGUGCAGAAUAGGCGGGUAGGAGGAGCUUAUGGCUCCAAGCUGUCUAGGUGUGCCCAAAUUGCGGUGGCCUGUGCAUUGGCAGCUUUUAUCUUGAGGAAACCUGUUAGAAUGAUGCUUCCUAUUGAGACUAAUAUGCAAGCAAUUGGCAAACGUGCUCCUUGUUUGUCCACAUAUGAGGUGUCAGUAGAUGAUGAGGGUAGAGUUCAGUACUUAGAUUUGAACAUUUAUCAAGAUAUGGGUGUGUCCUUCAAUGAUAACAUAGUUGCCAGUACAUUGGACUUUCUAGGGAGCGCCUAUGAUUCUAGGACAUGGAAAGUCAACGCUUUUGCUGUCCAGACCGACAAGAGCAGCAAUACCCCAUGUAGAGCUCCAGGAGCUGCCGAAGCAAUUGCAACUGUUGAACAUAUUUUUGAACACAUCGCAACGGAGCUUAACAAAGAUCCUGAAGAGGUCCGCGUGAAAAAUUUUGCCGAUGACUGUAAGGAACAGUUAGAAGCAAUGAUCGGUCAACUCAAGCAGAGCUCUGACUAUGACAUCAGGAAGCCGAAAAUCCAACAAUUCAAUGAGAAGAACAGAUGGAGAAAACGGGGAAUUAGCCUGACGCCAAUGCGAUAUAGAAUGCGUCUAUUUGGCAAUUAUCAUGCAUUGAUAUCCAUCUACCAGUCCGAUGGAACAGUCUCAAUUACGCACGGGGGCAUAGAAAUGGGCCAAGGACUCAAUACGAAAGCUGCUCAAGUGUGUGCUUAUAAACUGGGAAUAGACAUCAAAAUGGUGAAAAUCAAGCCCACGAGUGUUCUCACUGCUCCAAACAAUUUGGCCUCAGGAGGAAGUUUGUCAAGUGAGUCUAUCUGCCAGGGUGUGAUAGUAUGCUGCGAUAUACUUUUGGAGCGGCUCUCUCCCAUCAAAGCAAAACUUAGCCCAGGUGCUAAGUGGCAAGAAGUUAUUGCAACAGCAGCAGCUGAAAAUGUUGAUCUCUGUGCGCUCCACAUGUACACGAAUAAAGAUCUCGGGGAGAAGGAUAUGUUUAGAAGGUAUGAUAUCUUUGGAGUCUGUGUCACAGAAGUUGAAGUAGAUUUGCUGACAGGAAAUCAUCUCAUCCUGCGUACGGACGUAAUCGAGGAUGCCGGUGUUAGCCUAAGUCCAGAGGUGGAUAUUGGACAAGUUGAAGGUGCUUUCGUGAUGGGCCUUGGCUACUGGCUUACAGAGGAAAUAAUUUUUGAUUCUAAUACAGGGAGGGUCCUUACAGAUAGAACCUGGAACUACAAACCACUCGGAGCCAAGGAUAUACCAUGUGAUUUUCGGGUGACUUUGCUAAAAAAUUCAAGUAAUCCACUUGGUGUUCUGCGUUCUAAAGCUACUGGUGAGCCACCUUUGUGCAUGAGUUGUGGAGUCAUGUUUGCUCUACGUGAUGCAAUUAAUGCAUCCCGCUGUGAUGCUGGCGAACCAAAACAUUGGUUAGAUAUAAAUGUUCCAUUCUCCCCUGAGAAAAUUUUCUUGGCAGCUUUUACAGGGACUCAAGAAUACAAACUUUGAUAGUUUCUUUCUCAACAGAUGUAAUCAUUCCUUGGAGCUGAGGAGAGUUAAUUAAUUGAAAGCUUGGUUAAGUGAAAAAAGUUAAAGAGAAUUAGUACAUAAAUAAUUUGUGAAUAAAUUUACAUAGUGCCUUUAAGAUCUUAGCCAGGUACUUGGGACAUUUUGUCUUCAUCUUACAUUAACAGACGAUCUUGUUAAAGCAACCAUGUUUUAUCAUAAAGGAGAAUAAGUGAAGAAUUACAUACCGAUAUUAAACAAAUUAAGCGAGGCUGCUGAUAUUUAGUUUAAAUAUCGGUAGUGACGUUCCAGCAUUUCUGCUUUGUUGAUGGGCUGUUUUUUUCGAAUGAGAGCUGCAAUUUUUCUUGAGUAGCCAAUGAGUAUGCUGUUAUAUCUAUGGUAUAGCUUUUCAAUUAACAGUACCACGGCUGUCAAAAAAAAAAAAAUAGGUUCAGUUGAAGAGAGGAAGUAGAGGUGAUGGAAAAUUAAGGAUAAAAAUAAGAUGGCUCUUCAUCUCACAAUGAAGGAAGACUCCUACUGCAACAUUCAACUUUUUUAGAAGACAGAGAUUCUAUGACCGCUGGUCCAAAUCUAACCCAGUUUUGUCAGUAACUGUUAGUUAAAUGGAUGUAUUUAUGCGAAAAAUAAGUAUGUGCAUAGGUUUUGUGUGCGAAAUAGUUUCAUUGAGUUCAAAUAUGUCUGAAUGCCCGUCCCCCCCCCAAAAAAAAAAAAAAAAAAAAAAAAAAAAAUACGCAUCCUACAACCAUCCAUGAUUUUUUUUAAGGAAAAAAAAUCAAGAGUAAAAUACGAAGAAAAGAAAAAAACGAAUUGAUGCUAGUUAGGGCCGUUUUUUUUUUUGCAGUUGUUAAGCAGAAUAUGACAUCAGAUUGCGAGGUUCACAAGCAAUAAAAUGGUAUUUUAUACAUUUUUCAGACGGAAUAAAAACUUUACCUAAUUAAA